GAAGACGAACAUCGAGUCUAUGCCGAGCAAGAAACUUCACCGCCAAAACAUGGCCGUGGACAGGCAGAAGGCUGAGCAGUUGCGUUUUGCGAUCCGAAGUCAGUUCGAGUUCUACUUUGGCGACGUGAACUAUGCCAAAGAUAACUUCCUGCGAUCACAAGCAGACGAUGACGGCUGGACAUCCCUCAGAUUGGUUGCAAAGUUCAACAGAGUUCGAGAGCUUACGGAUGACUUCGACAUGGUACAGCGGGCCAUAGAAGCAUCUACAGUUGUCGAAGUCUCUGAGUGCGGCGAGUAU